AUUUAAUCAACCGUUAAUCGAUAUGAAGAGCUCAACAAAAAUUGAUUACAGAUAUGUAAUGAAUAGGAUAGGAAGCGAACACCGAAUAACACUAAUACGAAGACAGUCAGGGUUCAUAAGUGAACAGUUAGAAUGGUCAAAACAUGACUUCACAAGAAUGGAUAAAUUGGCCUGUGAAGAAGCUAGAAUAAGGUAUAUGCGCUUAGCAUAGUAACCGACACUACAAUAUUACUGUAAUCAAUCACUAAGAUACUUUCACAAAAAAUGAAACAAUUUAAAAGCAUAUUUACAAUCAGUAAAUUUUAAUCUCUUACUUAGAACAGCCAAUAAAGC